AGAAUAGUGAUACUUAUUUGAAGAGCAGUAAAGUGAAUCGUGUAAAGAAGCGUAAUGACUGUUAAACAGAAGUAAAGUGACAUAGCGGUUUUAGAGAGGACGAGAGAUAACAAGAAGAACACUUGUAUGCAGUAAAUAGAGAGAUUGAGAAGGAACAACAUAAACGGGUAAACAUUGUCCUUCUGAAGAAAGAAAGACAAACAUGACGCACUUUAACAAAAGGUGACAUGUUGAUUUUCUUUUUGGCUUGUUAUCAUUGCCUUUGGCAACGAGAACAAAAAUACUGCCCGAGGCUACUACGCUAUACUCAGGAAACCACAUUGAGUUGUGUGCCAUAUCUUGGUUUAUAUCGCUAGAAUAUAGGCCUCAUCAUAAACGAUUAUUUGCUUGGAUUUGAGAUUACAUUGCAGAUGAUAGUGAGUGUUCACUGUGACUGAUUGCACGCAUUCUGAUAAGCUGCUUUCGUGCAAGGUCAGUCAGACCAAGGCGGGUGAGGUGUGUAGCGGUCGAGCUCAGGUGCUCUAGUGUGAACACACGAUGCUCGAUGACGUACUCGUCUGGGAGAACAUUUUACAUAUCGCAGCUCAAAGGUAACGACACUUUGUAUUUAUGUCCUGCAAUCUCAAGAGACUUCAACAGCGCCCUCUGCGGCGAUGGAGCGCCAACAUGCAGAUGACAAGCUACCUUUCUCAGCGCCUGUCAAGGACAGUGGACCUGAUAUACCUAGUCCGUCUUCAGAAAACCAACCACCAAGUCCAGGUGAUUUGUUUGACGCAUCCCCGCAGAGCAGCACUAAGACAUCACCAACAGAUGAGAGCAAACCACAAGACAGUAGUCCAACUCAUUCAUCACCUUACGGAAACGUGUCGCUGGAGGCAUUUCCAAAAUCGCAGAAAGCCGAAGGAAGUCCUCACUCCCAGAAAACUGGACCGGGUAAAGAUGAGUCUAAACCUCGGCGAUGUACAUGGUGUAAUCCUAUCCAUGUCUGCCUAGUUUUGGGGUUGGCAGUAGCCAUAGGAAGUGUAGCCAUGACAGUGUGCGGAUACAUGUCCUACCAAAUUGCCUUACGCACAGUCAAUUUAGGGAACGAGACGAUAACAACGAUUGAUGACGAGUUACAAGGAGAGAUUGAGAAGUUCAGGACGUUCGGUCCUGUGCUCAUAGGCCUGGGUUCGUUCAUCUCCAUGUGCGCAUGCGUGUUAAUGUGCGAGGCACGUGACGAGAAGAAACGCGAGACCAGGAAACAGCUGGCGGAGGAUGAAGAAGACCUGGACUACAUGACCCGACAGGAACACAUGUAUGCCUUGCAGCGUGAGGUUAUGGAGUGUGAAGCGAGACAUAAGAGUUGUCCUUUAUAUCGCGAGACGCUGGUUAAUCAACACUUGAAGCAUCACGAAGAAGUAGCCUACGCAGACGAAUCUUCGCAUAGCUCACCCGUAGUUCUGGUGCACGGACUAAGUUUAGCAGAAGAGAAGCGAAGAAACGACUCACAGGACUCUAAUGAGAGCGAAGCAGCUAAGGUUACCCUACUACGUGAAACUCCUCGAAUAGAGACUACGGACGUGACUAGUAUACCAACAUGUUCAAACUACUUAGGACCGGAAACAGAAGUAGAAACGUCCUUCACUGCGAGUCCCAGGACGACACGAAAGGGCAUUAUUUCAGCAUCACCCCCAUUACAUCCCAAAAACGCUAAACCUGAAAGGCCGUCCAACCUUCCUCCUAUCAAGACAAAAAGUGUCAACGGUCCUAUUUCAUUUCAUGGCGGACCACCCGCACCUGGUGUGUGUCUUUGUGGAGAAGAACCAACUAGGACGCCAUCUAAAGGAGGUAAAUCAAAAAAAGGUAAACGAGGGACUGGACGAAAGAAAGACAAACGUCUUGAAAACAAGACUACAGGGUCAGACUCGGGGUCAGUGAAAUGUGUGCCAAGAUAUAGUAAAAGUGUAGCUACGCAAAACACAGAUCUAGUUACACAUAUUAAUCCUUUGCAUGAUGUUCCAGUAGAAGGUUUUUCUGGGAGCCAGAAGUCACCACAUCGGACACAGACCUUGGACAAGCAUAGACCUAAAACGACAGGUAUCACAUCUACAGGUGAUCGAUCUAGUGCUACGGCAUCCUUAGUACCGGUCGAAAUACCGCUGGAAGAUCGGUUGACAAGCUCUAAAUCAGGCAAAAGUCAAGUCCAUAUAAACCCAGGGCAUGACCCAGGUUGUGUUUGGGUCAAGCAACCGACAUAUGAACUGCCAAAUAAUAAUAAUGACGUGAGUGACAGCGACAAGAACUCAUCUCAAACAGACGUAGGUGGCGCUUUAUGCAAUCCCGUUUCGGACACAGUGACUAACAUCAACGAAACAGCGUGUGAUAGCAACUCCAAUGUACCUUCUAUGUCUUCCAUCCAACUCUCACCUAAAGUCACGCCCUCCAAUGCUAUGUAUGACGUCAUACAUGCUAAGUCACCGCAUGCACAUUCGUCACAAAGUGAAGUUGUUUUAUGAGUGUUCUUUGAGACGCUCACAAUGUAGAUAAUAAAAUUAUAAUUCAGCCAAAAGUGUGAAUGUAAUAAUUACUGUCGAACGUGAAGAUUUCUUUCCUUUUUUUUGUUGCACAUUUUAAAUAUGAGGAAAACGAAAUCCUGAUCCACUAUACAUUCCGUAGCUGCAAUGAAAAAGUAAUUAUUGUGUAGGGUGUGAUUAUCGAAAGGACAAUCAUAAUGCUCAAUUGAAUUCUCCAUUCUAUUGCAUUCGGUAAUUAUAAUUGAUAUUGUAAUUGAAUACGUAUUUUUAAUUCCAUCCCAUUUUCAUCUGAAGGUAAAUCCAUCUUAGGAUGUGAAUUGCCUGCCUGUCUGUUCCUUUAGGCUUUGGAAUCCUUACAUACUUGUGUUUCAAUGUUGACCGUAGGAACAUAAUAUAGGCUACAUCACAGUAUUCAAUAAAUACACAUCGUUCAUGCAAUGCCGCAUUUUUCAGGAUAGCCCUUGUCAUAGUCCUCUUGUAAUUUCAUGUAGUUGUC